AUGGAUCCUCUGUUUUACGAUGAUUUGGAAUAUGGUUCUUCAUUGCUUCAACCACCGAUCGCCAAAAAUGAUCUUUAUGCAACAUUGAAUGGAAAAUUGCAUGGGACAGGGAAAGAUGAUAAGGAGCGAAAUUUGAAUGGAAGUGGACAAAGCGGUAUUUUGAAGAAUAAUGAUUACAUUAAAUAUGAUGACUAUUACACACCCACUACUGUGCAAUAUCGAUGUAAUCAUAUGGAUCAUAAGCCAAACUGUUUCAAUCGCAUAAUUCGUCCAUGUGCAGCAGAAUUUAUUGCUGUCUUCUUAUGUAUUUUUAUUGGAAAAGUGAUGGAAAAUGAGUUAGCUAUCCAUGUCAUAUCGUCCAAUACUGAACGAAUCAUUCUACAAGCGCUCACUGAUUCAGUGGUUAUGUUUGCAAUGGUUAUGGCUUUUCAAACUGUACAUUUGAAUCCGGUGAUUACUUUGGCUGAAUUCUUUGCCCUUACUACUGCUUGGCCAAUGUGCUGCGCUAUGAUCAUUAUGCAGAUGCUUGCAUCUAUAACUGCCAUUGCUGGUUUUGCGCUACUUCGAUCUGGUGAUUCGGAAUUGCAAAUGCCUACAAUCAUACCUGAUAUUACUGUUGAUCGUAUCAGUGCUGCAUACCAUUUAGUCCUUUCUCAAUUUAUCGGUACUUUGUUAGUUAUCAUUACUCAUCUUCUCAUAACUACAAGAACAGGUUCCGGAUUAACAGCCUUGGCACGACCUGCUGACACUCCCGUCUCUGUUGUUGCCGCUGUGUUUGUUUCAUCACUAUUAUGUUUAUUGAAUUCAACCAUCGGAUGGAAUCCUUUACUUGCAUUUGCAUUAUCGAGUUAUGGCAGCAUUAGUUGCAAUUUCGGACUUCUGCAAAUGCAAGGAAUAUUCUGGAUUGGACCUUGUUUGGCUUCUCUUUUUGCAUGCUUCCUGUAUAGAUUACUGUUCGCAACUAAACAAUCUCGUUUAAUAAAGUGCACUGCGUGGAAUGAAAGUGAUCAUUUAUAG